AAUUCUUAUCAGUUUCAUCAUCCAACUCUUAUCCCUUCAUUCCUUCAUCACUCACAAUGUCAGUUUCAGCCAUUUUCGGGGCAAGACUGGCGCUUCCGCCCCCCUCCGCCGCAGCAACCAAGGCUCUCCCACCGCCACCGAGCCGCCUAUCGCUCGGCGGCGGCGGCGGAUUGGCGAUCGAGUGCUCUUCCCGACCGCAGAAAAAGGCGACGAAGCAUCACAUGAAGUCCCGCCCCCGCAAGAGCCGCCCUUCCGACAUACGCCACGGCCCCGCCGUCUACCCCCCGCUCCCGCCUCUCCCUCCGGAAUGGACUCUCGUCUCCGGCGACUCCGCCGCCGCGCCGUCGCCGUCGCAGCCUGCUGUCCAGUCCGAGUGAAGUUAUCCCCAAUUUGGGGAAAUUAGGUUUGCGUUUUCGACUGUACCAAUUUAAUUGCCGCAAUUAGAGAGCUGAAUUGCUGUUGAUAUUGUUGUUGAAUUUGAAAUUCCUCGGCGUUUUUUUUGAAUGAUUUGGAUAUUUUACUUAUUUUGUGAAAGAAUUUGAUGUUUAUUUAUUUGGAUUUGAAUGCAUUAUCUUCAUGUUUAA